CAUGCUGCCGAAGCUUGAUAUCUAUAUUACCUGUUUCUUCCCGAUCCUCGACCAAAGGGCCUAAAAAACAUAAAUGUAGUUACGGGAGUGACCACAGUAAUUAAUAUUGUACCUCGCAAUAUGGAACGCCCAAUGUCUGCCAACGAAGAAAUGCCCAAAACAUCAAUUAAAGAUGAUCUAACACCUUUGUGCUCUUGUUACGAGUGUGAUACAAUACGUUGUUAUACAUCAAAAAAAUCGACAAAUCAUAACGAUGACGAUAAAGUAUCUAAAACAUGCAUAUUUUUUACAAAUAUAACUUUAAAAAAAAGUAACAUUAAUGCCGAUACUAGUACUUGUGAUAUAUCACAAUCAGAAAAAGACAAAGAUAAUUUUCCAUGUGGAACUUGCACUCGUGAAAAUGAAAUAAUUAACAAUAACACUACAAAUUAUUUUAAUCCUGCACCUAAAAGUAAUACUAAUACGACAAAACCCGUGUGCAAAAUAUGCAAACGUGGAAUUGAAAUUGAUAACGUAGUAUCUGAACAAGUAAAAACGAUAGCUGACAAAAUUAAUAAUGAGCCAAAGUCUGCGACAGGGACUGAAUCACAAUGCCGGAAAAAUUCAAAACAUGUGAAGAAUGUAGUGUGCAAGGAACAUGUAACAAAUAAUAUAAUAAAGGAACCCAGAGAUAAAAUCAAUAGAAAAGCGUCUGAAGUUUGUAGACAAAACAUAAAUAAAGAUGUAGUUUACUCAAAACUUAUGGAUAUUAUGAGUACUAAAAACUCUGUGUGCGAGGGUUGCUUAAAAAAUAUUAAAAAAAUCCAAAAUGCUGUUUCGAUCAACAAAGAAACUACGCAAAUUGAAAAAAAGACUUUCGAUGUUUGUGGAAGGAAUGACAAAAAUCAAAUUGGUGAAAAUAAAUCUUAUCCUACAGAACACACGCAGUCCAAAAAAGUUAAAUGCGAAAGUGGCUUCCAAGCAAAACUCAAUAAUUAUACACUACAAAUUAAUCCCAAAGAAAAUAUUUUUAAUAAAAACCCCGAUAUCCAUGACAAUUUGAACAUUACCAAACUAACAUCUAUAGAAAAAAUAAGCAUGGGGAAAUCAAGGUGCACAAUUUGUGGGCAAGAGACUGAAACAUCUUUAGACAGUGUAAGAAAACGCAUUGAAAAAUGUUAUAAGAGAAAAUUGACGUGUAAGGACUAUGUGCAAAAUAUUUGUCCCCACGGCAGGAUAGAUGCAGCCAUCAAUGAUAUACACAAAUGUAUGUGUAAAAAAAAUAACUGGGAGAAUAAUGAAAUAAAUACUGAGCCCUAUAAUAGAAUUGAUGCUGAUAAUAGCGAAAUCAUACCUAGUGAAACAAAAUUUAAUUGUAGCAAAUGUAAGAUAAAUAUUCACGGACAGUUAGAUGCCAUACCUCGUAAAAUAAUUGAAAAAUUCAGUUGUAGCAAUUGUGGAAAAGAUGUCGAAACUUAUGAAAUUACAGAAACAGCGAGCACUGAAACGGUUACUGAGAUAGACUCAAAAUGUAGUUGUUGUACCAAAAAUUGUGAAUCACGAAGCGCGGUGAAUAUUUUUGAGGAUCACAUUAAAUGCACGAAAAAAUUUGAUACAUUCAGGACUAAUGCAACUAGUUUUCCGGUUCCAAGGAACGUAUGUUCCAGUGAUAUAAAAUCUGCAGCAACAAAUAGAUGUAAUUAUCCUCCAUGCACCAUGGAAGUCACAAAUGAUACUUCCAUAUCCUCUAUCAAAUCUUUAUUACCGUGUGAUAGCAAAUAUUACGGAAAUUUAAGCAAAACGUAUGUAUCCUCUGCUACCAAAAUUGACGCUCCAGUCACAGAAGUUCAUAAUGCAUUGAUUGAUUACAUUUAUAAAGAUCUUCAUCUUGGUACUGCAAAAUUAAGUGCGCAAAUAAUGAAUUUGCCAUAUGAAGAAUUUGAAGAGUCAUAUAAUAUUAUAAAUCAAGAUAUUCCUAUAACUAAAAACAAAAUGAAAACUAAUCUAUCAAACGAAAUUCUUAAACGAAUCAAAGAUGUGUAUAGGGCUUGCAGCUGUAAAGUGUGUGAAUGUAUUGCUGGCAAAUCGCUUAACUUAGAUAGAGUAUGCGAUUGUAAACCAUGUGAAUGUGAAGAUUGCAAACUUUUUCAAAACUUUAGUAAUACCUCAAAGUCGAACUGCCUUUAUAAAAAGAAACCAAAAGAAAUGGAUCUGGGUGUUUCAAAAAGAAUAAUGAAUCAGUUGUGUGAUUGUAAACCUUGUGAUUGUAUUAAAUGCAUGCCCCCUAGAACUUAUAUUACAGCUAGGGUUUCAGAAAGUCAUCAAGCCAACAACUGUUCGUGUUCGACUUGCCAUUGUUUGGAGUGUGAACGAAAUUUCUUUUCACUGUCGUCCCAUUUGACACACGAAAUGUCAACAGGGAUGACUAGAAGCUGCGGCUGUGAACAAUGUCUUGAUCAACGUUGUAGAGGAGCGGGUGGUACAGAUGAUUGCCGUUGUGAGAUGCCAAGUAAAGCUAUAUUCAAACCAGUUGAAAAAGAUUCGUAUGAUUAUGAUAUUCGGCGUGCUUCAGUUUAUCCAAAGUACAAUAGCAAAUACAACCAUGAUACAAUAGCUAUGUAUGCGUCAGUGUCCUCAAAUUAUCCAACACUGGGAACUCUUACAGAAGCAUGUAGCUGUGAAGAGUGUGAAUGCAUUGCUUGCAGAAACGAAGGCGAGAAACUGCCAGUUGAAACAAUUUCAAAACCUCAACUAGAAUCUCAUAGUAAAUUUGCUGAAAGAAAUAGCUGUAUUUGCAAAUCUUGUGAAUGUGAAAUUUGCUCAGAUGAAAACAAAUAUGGCAAAUUAAAUGAUCCAAAAUGUGUUUGUGAUGUGUGUGACUGCAUAAAUUGUCAAAAAAUGACUAAACUUUCCACGGGCCCAAAACUGGGUCACAUUUCUAAAUCAAUUGGAAGAAUCAGUUACAACAACUGUGUUGUCGAUUCAUAUGAUUGUAACAAUGCAAAUUUUCCAUUAACUGGAUCUUCACAGGAAAAUAAACUUAAUCAGAAAGUUUGUAUAAAUGCUACUUUCGAUAACAACCGCUUUAUGGAAAAUUGCAAUAGCCGACAAAAAGACGAAAGUAAUAAAAGUAUAUUUGCUAAUACAUAUAACAUUUUCCAUAAUUUGGAUGAUAAAAUACUCCCACCAUGUGACAUUGCUUAUUGUGAUAAGAAUUAUCAUAAUGAUUUUUCAAUGGGAUUUAAGACUUUAAAUAAAAUACCAAUUUACUUAAAUUACGCUGACAAAGAGGAAGUAGUAAAAAAAUACGAACGGUUCAAUUUGGACUCAGAAGAGGAAAAGGAUAUACGCGAAACUACCCAUAAUUCAGAGAAUGCAGCCGGUCCUUUCUUUUCUACAAAAUAUCCUAAAGAAUGUCUAAAAAUGGAAAUGUGUCCAUUUUCAUCAAACCAUGAAGCAAGAAGUUCUAUAACUACAUUAGAAACUUGUUUAACAGAUAUUCUCAAAUUAAGCGAUGAGUUGAAAGAAAAUUCUUUUAAGAUUUCAUCUGACAUAAAUAAGUCAAAAGUCAUCUGCGAUACGAGUACAUACGAAUCUCAUGAUAUUACCAAUUAUGGACACAAUAUUGAACUCUUUUCAGGUUUAACUAAAAGUAUUCACAAACAAUAUUACAAUGGUGUUAAUAUACCCACCAUUACUCAUAACACAUAUUUUUCAGGUCAAUUAAAAAAACUUUUAGAAAAGUACGAUAAAGCAAAUAAGGAUUUUCAGGGUAUAGCCAAACAAUUAAAACCAUCACACGAGCUUAACAUAUGCAGUAAAUUGGACAUGAAUAACAGGCAGUUUGAAUAUCUUAUUAUCGAGGAUCAAAGCAACAGUUACGAUAAUUACUCCUCUGAAUAUACAGUGAAUGGUAAAAAUGAUGAGUCCAAUAAUAUUAGUGAGAAAGCAUGCAUUAAUCAUACACCAAUUAGCAAUAAAAUCAUUUCUGCUGACUCCGACUGGAAGACAAAACAAAAUGAACAUAUUCAGAAAAUUCAUUUGUUAUCAAAAGGUCCGGAUCAAAAGGAAAAUAUAAUAAAUACUGAUUACGCCAAUAAUACAGAUACUAAUGAUUCAAGAGAUCAAAACUUAGAAAGUACAAAAUCAGAACAUAAGCCUAAUUUAAUAUCGUCAGAACUACAGCAAAAUGAAAAAAGAAACAUGUAUUUAUUUGAAAAGUCAAAUGGAGUAACAAAGUCAGAUCUUGUACUAAACAACAAUGUUGCAGAGACAAGCAAUUCACAAAAAAUUGAUAUUUUAACGGCUCAGUUAUCAGAUGUUAUCAAAGAAAAUGUAAUAAAACAAUACGUAGAAACAGCAUCUAUACAUGGAAGCAGAUGCACCAGAUCUUUUGAAAUGUCUGAAGACUUAUACAUUUUAAAAUCAGAGGAAAAUUAUGUCCCUUCAUCUAAAGAUUGGUCAGUGAAUAAGAAAAACUUUUACUUAAGCAACUACCAAGACCACGGAAGUUCUGACGGUUUACCACUUCACAAAAAAAUUGCAAAAUUGGAAACCCAGCCGAUAUCUGUUCAAGUUUCUACGGAUCUGCUUGUUAUUGACAAAACUGAAGUCAACAAGAUGGACAAAGUUAGAUCAGCGGCUUCAUUGCCUCGUAAUAAAACUACACACGUGGACAAAGAAUCCGACACCAAUGAUUUGGAGGUUACAUUAAUUGAUGAGAAUGAAAAGCAAAAACCAAAGAAUAAAGCCAAAAGUGCUGAACUGGACAUCCUCCGGUUUUCCAAAGUCACACAUUCAAGUCGGACUUUUGAGAUAACGAAACCAAAAUGCAGAUGUGAUGACUUGAAGGUUGAAUCUUUAAGCGGCAGGAGAGUGUCGGAUCACACUGUCAUGGUGAAAUGGAAUAAGCCCAAGAAUAUUGAAGGCGUUCAAGGAUAUGAGUUGCUGAUAGACGGUAGACCAGUGCAGAAGAUCAUAGAUUCGUCCCGCUGUGUAGCGGUGGUGACUUGCCUACCCAACUGUGACAAAAUUCUGCUGAGCAUGCGAACUAUAAUAGAAGGUGCUUUGAAGUCCGGACAUAAGCCCACUGUCACAAUAGUGUACCGACCACGUCUGAAGAGGAUCAGAAAUGAACAGUCUCAAUAAAUUUAUAAAUUUAUGGAACAUAUUUGUUGUUUUAUUUCUUUGUAUUAUUUGGUAGCAGAUUCACUACUGACGAGUAGUGUUUAGUCUUAUGCCAAAAAAGUUAUUGUACCUGUACUAUUAGAAUUUGAUUUCUGAGAUUUGAUUCUGUUGAAUACACCUAAAGCAAUUAGAUAAGAACUCAUAUGGACUAUAGUAUUAUUACGUCCUUGCAAAUUUGCAAUA